GCCUAUCUAGUCGGUGAGAUGUUCCCAGCUCCAUGUUCGUCAUAUUCGAAUAGUCAAAGGUCCGAGAUUAAUCGACGGGUCCGGAAAGCGCAAAGAGAUGCUAUGGUCGAUUUGGUCCACUCCACCAUAGAUGUGUUUUUAUCACAGCCCUGCAAAGAGCCACAAGUGCUUACGAUUCGUAUACCAGAUAUUAAUGUUACAGCUGCUGAGCUGACUCCCGAUGAGGCAUCGCUAAUGGUCAACAAUCCUUAUUACGACAAGAUGUUGGAAUCAGCUGAAAACAAAAAACGAGUUCACGCAGCCUGUGCUGCGGCAAGACAAUUCUUGGUGGAGCAUGCUGUCGAUAAAAAUCCAUUUCCGCCCGAGCUACAUAAACCUCGACGAGUACCUCCUCGCAGUCCUAAGCCAGAUAGAGUGGAUUUACCCACUGGAUUUGGAUGGCUGCGACGGGAAGGCGAGCCUCAUUGA